AUGAUAAAAUUUUAUGAAUUAGUUUCAUCAUUAAAUUCUAAAUGUUUUUUUUCACCGAAUACAUGGAAAACUCGAAUGUGUCUUCUUCAUAAAGGUGUUCAAUUUGAAACAAUUCCCGUUACUCUCUUAGAUGUUCGAGGUGAUUUAGCGAAUCGUUCAAAUAAACCUGAUAUAUAUGUACCAGCAAUUGAAUUACCUGAUGGACAAUUUAUUUAUGAUUCAUUUCAUAUUGCUGAAUGGUUAGAAAAUACAUAUCCAGAUCAACCAUCAUUAUUUACAGGUGAUGGUCAAUCAACAAAUAAAUCACAUCUAGGACAUAUAACAAUGGGAAAAAAUUAUGCACGUAUGAUUGAUUUAGGUCUUGGUGCAUCAAAACCUGAAUGGGCUGUUUGGUUUGAUCUUUUUUUUCCUCAACUUGAUCAAUUAAUAUCUGAUGAAAAGUUAAGUAAUUAUUUUCGAUCUGAUGCUAGACAUGGCCCACAAGGUUAUCAAAAAUUAAUGUCACUCGAUCGUCAAGACCUUAUACGUCGUGCUAAAAUGAAUAUUCAACCUUUAGUACAAAUAUUACAAGAACGUCCAAAUGAAUAUUUUCAAGGUAAACAUCCAGGACUAGUUGAUUAUGUUAUAUUUGGUCGUUAUGCAUAUUGUCGAAUGCUUGAUUCACAAUUAGCAAAACAAAUUUGGGAAGAUCAAGGAGAAGAACUAUCAAUUUGGAUUGAUAAAUUAUCUAAAGCUUAUGAUGGACAUGCAUUGAAAAUUUUUCAAAAUUCUCAUUAA